AUGAAUCAAAGCAAAACCAACACUGGCAUUAGGGGAACAAAAGGGUAUGCUGCACUUGAAUUGUUUAAGAACAUGCCUAUCACAGCUCAAGUGGAUGUGUAUAGUUAUGGAGUAGUGCUACUUGAGAUUAUUUCAUGUAGAAGAUGUGUUCAAGAAAUGGAACAAGAAGAUGAAGAGAAAGCAAUAUUAACUGAUUGGGCUUAUGAUUGCUACAAGGAUGGUGCUGUAGAUGCAUUGGUUGAGGGUGACAAUGAGGCAUUGGAUGACAAAGAAAAGUUGGAGAAAUUGGUAAUGAUUGCAAUUUGGUGUGUUCAAGAGGACCCAGUUCUUAGACCAAGCAUGAGAAAUGUGAUACAUAUGCUUGAAGGUAUUGUUGAAGUGCAAGUUCCACCAUACCCCUCACAAAUUAGUAUUCAAUAUUCUCUAAUUUAA